AGCUCUCAUGGAAGGACUAUAGCUCAUGGAAGAAAAAAAUCCUAUCAGGACAUCCUUGGUUUCCAGGUUACCAAAGUAUGGAACAAAACCUGUGGGAAGUAUCCUACAGACUGUUCCAAAUGGGACAGCUCUUAAUUUAUCAGGGAAUACUCAGAGCUUUGAGAAAAAUUUCAGCAAGCACAAUGGCACUCUUCGUAUGUCUUCCUUUUCCUUUAACUGGAGAAAAUCAAAUAAGUACCAGCUGGGUGACCCGAUCAGCAAUGAAUCUAGCUCCAAUCACAAUUCCAAUGAAAGACUGACUAAUUCGGAAAAGUGCCCUCAGUCUCAAGGAGCAAUUGGUAAAGAAGUGCUCAGGAUAGGUUCACACAGCGCAUCUUCACAAACUGGAAAACAAAGCAACAUGUUUGUGUCUUCUGCAGAAGAAUUAAGCCAAAAGUCUUUGUCUGGGCUGCCUUGUUCGGCUAAAUUCACCAAAAGUUCAUUGUUAGGCAGGACUUCAUAUUCUGGACUAAAUGCUCCGAAGUCACACUUGAAUGGAAUUUGUGGGACCCAGUCAACCAUAGGCUUUCAGAGGAAUAGAAGUAAUUCCACUACACUGAGAAGCAGCUCAGGAGAGAGUCUAUCAAAGUCAAUAGACAAUGUUAAACCUUCCUGUGAAAAAAUGGUUAGGUCACAAAGCUUUUCUCAUUCCAUUCAAAACAGCCUCUUGCCCCCGGCAACCUUAACCAGGUCCCAUUCUUUUAAUAGAGCUGUGGAUCUUACAAGGCCUUAUCAAAAUCAACACCUAGCUAUUAGAACAUCUCAGAGGUCAAAUCUGUUAUCAAGAAAUGCUCGACAGCUGGAGAUACCCAAUGGUAAUGAACCCCUAAGGUGUCGGUUUCCUAGGUCUUAUACUACCUUAGGGUCCUCUGGAUUGAAGAAACCACCGCUGUCAAACGGCUCUGGGGAUGCACCAUCCUUAAGAUUUAGAACAGGCCGUCCUUCUUUAUUAAAGCCUAGCAACCAACAUUUGGGGAGAAGGAUUCCAGUGGAUGGCAGCACAAAUAACGAUACUGAAAAAUACUUAGAGGAGGACUCUUCGGUUUCAAAAAAUAUUCAUGGAGGCACUGCUGGAAAAGGCACACAAAACAGUGAAAGACCAGAAGUUAGUGAACCUGUGUGUAAUUUGGUAGAAGAUGGUGGUAAAGUUAUUUGCACAGAUGGUGAUGUAGAUGAAAUAUCUAUAUCUUCUUUGUCAUCUUCUGAGAAAAAUGAUCUGAGUGAAGACUUUAGUGAUGAUUUUGUAGAUCUAGAAUAUCGAAAAAGAACACUAAGAAUUCAAGAAGAAGAAGUGUCUGUUCAAGAGUUGGAGUGUGGAAAUGAAAUACCAUUAGAUCAACUUCUGUCUCUUAAGGAAAACGAAAGCUCUAAUUGUAAUUCUGAUGACUGGCUGGAUAUUCGUGUGCCUGCUGUCGAUGACAAGAGUGAGAAUGCGAAACAUCCUUCUGGGAACAAUGUGAUUUCUUCUGACGCGGACUACAGAGCUGGCUCUUCUUUUGAGCUUUCUCCAUCUGAUAGCUCUGAUGGAACCUAUAUGUGGGAUGAAGAAGGACUGGAGCCCAUUGGAAGUGUCCAUCCAUGUGGAAGCUACGACUCUUCAGAAAUGAACAGUAUAGAUAUCUUGAAUAAUCUUGAUUCAUGCGAUCUUGAAGAUGAUGAUCUUAUGCUUGAUGUUGAGUUACCAGAAGAUGUACCCUGUGAUAAUGUGGAUUGCGAAAAUAUGAAUCGUUAUGAGCGACCAGAGAGAAAUAUCAGACAACAGAAAGAAGGGCUAUGGAAGAGAACACCACAACGCUGGAAUACUCAAGAUCACUAUCAUCUUGGUCAUCCUGACCACUAUCACCAUGGCAGAAAUGAUGUUAACAGGACUCCCAACUAUUUAGGCUCUCCUCCUAUUGGUCAUCUUGAAGGGGGGUAUGGAGCACCAUGCUGGUACCCACCCUUUGUGGGCUUGCCGCCGAACACUGUGAUGCUUGAUGAAAUGACCCUUCGGCAUAUGGUUCAAGACUGCACAACUGUGAAGACUCAGUUACUAAAAAUGAAAAGGAUACUUAAUCAGAAUGACGAAAAUGUGUCACUCCACAACAUCACUCUUUCUGUGCCUCCAAGCCCAGAUCCCCAGGAGCCUGAACCAAUAUAUAAGACUGAUGAUUUGUUGAGUGAGAUCACACAACUUAAAGAAGAUUUAAAGAAGAAAGAUGAAACAAUCAGACGACUUGAAAACCGGCUUUCCGUUAGGUGUAACUGCAACAAAGACGGCCAGAAAUCUGAAGUGGCUGGGUGCAUGUAUGCUGACAAAUAUACACAGACGGCCUCGAGGAAAAGUGCUGGUGGGUAUUCUGCUCCUUCCUUCUCUCCCUGGCAGGGCUCACUCCAGGGCAUCCCUCGGACUGUUCCACCACAGCGCAGACAGACCUCAAGUACUACAGCCUUCCAGCCUCCUUCCCCGUUUCACAGACCUCGCCCAGGGAAAAUUAAUAAAAACAUCACACAUCGCGGCCCACAGUGAACACCCCAAUCAAGAUCAACAGAGAAAAUGUGGCCACGAAUAUCAAAAUGCUGCAAAUGGCUCCUUCACCCGUAGCCUAAAUGAACCAAGCACUUUAAAUAUGCAGUUAAGGAAGC